CGACCGUCCUCAAGGCUAAAGCUACUCCCUGAACACCUCAAGCCGUCAAAAUGCCCCCCAAGAAAGUUAAGGCACCCAAGGAAGAAAACACCGUCUCGCUCGGUCCUCAAGUUGCAGAGGGAGAGCUCGUUUUCGGUGUUGCACACAUCUAUGCCUCUUUCAAUGACACUUUCGUUCACGUUACCGAUUUGUCUGGCAAGGAGACUAUCUCUCGUGUGACCGGUGGAAUGAAAGUGAAGGCUGAUCGUGACGAGUCUUCUCCAUACGCUGCUAUGCUUGCAGCUCAGGACGUUUCCGCGCGUUGCCGUGAAGUCGGAAUUACUGCUCUGCACAUUAAAUUGCGCGCUACUGGUGGUACCGGUACUAAGACUCCUGGUCCUGGUGCCCAGAGUGCCCUGCGUGCCCUUGCCCGUGCUGGUAUGCGUAUCGGAAGGAUUGAGGACGUUACCCCCAUCCCCACGGACUCUACCAGGAGAAAGGGUGGUCGCCGUGGUCGUCGUCUAUGAUUUCUAUCACCUUUUAGCUGGAGCUUCAAAAAUCAAAACGUUUCCAUAUUGCUGCAUGUACUUAGGAUAUUAAUGCCCAAUACGUAUGUCGCUGUCCGACGCGCAUCAGGUGCUCGGGGAUAACCAGACACCUGCCCCGCGGUCGUUCUCAC